CAACAGGAUGUGGAUAUUUCUUUUGCUUGGCAAGGAUUAUGGACUGGAUUUGCUCAGUUUUGUAUUCUUAAAGACAUAGUGAGACCCUGACACAUUUUCCACUCUUAUUCAUCCCUUCUAUUAACCGGUGACCUCGUCAUAUCACAUCUUUUGACAUUCUUUAAAGGUUCCUAUUUGUAUUUUUUUUAAACUAUUGGAAAUCAUAUGAAACAUGUUAAUCUUUCCCCUAAAUUGAAUAUUUUCCUGAAUUUGCCAUUCCUCUGUCCUUCUUGUAAACUAGUUCUUCCUUUUUGCUAUAUAAAUGGACCUGGGACAUGGUGGAUAUAUGUGCUUCCAACAACACAACAAUGGAAACAAUGUAAGAACUGGCUGGGAAUGGAUGUAAACCGAGUCUAUCUUCUCUUUAUUCUUGUUCUGAGCCCUGGAAUGAACAGGACAUCCAAAAUAAUCUGCGACCAUCGCUUCGUAUUGGUCUUUGUGAAUCGAACCAGGACUACACAGAGGAUGGCGGCUCAAUGUGAAGACCAAAAAAUUCUGUUGACUCCUAUUAGUAUUCCAAAUGUUGAAGUUAGAGUUGCAGACUGGCAGAACAUGACAGUGUUGCAGCAAGGGAAUGAGGUUUUAUCUCACCUAAACCUUUUUAUGAAUGUCACACAACAUUUAAAGACUCCUGAAUGUAUGUCCCAGCAAUUGAAACAACUCACGCGCAGUAUCAGAGCGGUACAUGGCCUUGUUAAUAAGGCAUGGAAGCAAGCUAAUAACAACACUCAAGAAGCUUUUUUUGUUCCAUCAGAUUCAGUUUCCACUAUUUCUUCAGACAUCAUGGACAUUUUUCACAGAUUUGUCAAACUGCUUCAGGGGAAAGUAACCUUCCUUUUGAAUACCCUAUGUGAUGUCAGCUCCAGAUGAGAGCAUCUAAGCAUGUAAACUACUGCUAAUCAAGGGACAUGUAACUAGAUCUCCACCUGACCUAUGUUGAUUAUUGCGUUGCACUUGGACUGGAAACUUCACUAUCAUGUAUAUAUCAGUUUGUUCAUGGGACAAUAAGUCAAAUAAACUAUUUUUAUU